AUGGGAGGAGACAGGAGCCCCGGGACCGACGGCCUGGGGAGAAAACUGGGGGCAAUGAGACUGGACUUGCUGAUAACCAUUUCCGGGGGUGAGACUGGUUCCCCUGUAUUUCAAGGAACUCCUCGUGAUAAGGAGCUUCCUAGAACUGAGCACAGUGAUCAUUGGCUCCUCAACGCUGGCUGUGAUGGUGAGAGUAUUGGAAAUUGCCCAUUUUCUCAGCGUCUCUUUAUGAUUCUCUGGCUAAAGGGUGUUCUAUUUAAUGUGACAACAGUGGACUUGAAAAGGAAGCCUGCGGACCUGCAGAACUUGGCUCCCAGCACCAUCCCACUUUUCAUGACUUUUUUGACGGUGAAAUCAAGACAGAUGUGA